GUUCUACAGUUGUCUUAAAACGUCUAGAACAGUUCAGUUAAAGAUGAAAUUUACAUUGGGAAUUUUUCUUAUUUUCUUCGUCGGUGCACUAGCACAAGAUGAGACAGUCACUGACGGUUUUAUUCGAGCUCAAGGUGAACUCUCUCUCACCCAUGAAUUUUUCGAGACGACACUUUUCUUAAAUCGUGGCCAAAUCUCGUCUUACUUGUACCGUAUCAACAGAGAAAUCAUAACAUCACAUAUUGACACUUAUGCUUUCAUCAAAACACGAGGAAUUGAUGCUUUGGCUGAAAUUAAUGCAAUCCCAGAGACACCAAACAAUGCAGAAUGUCUGGGCAGUCUUAGAAACCGAUGGGAUUUACAAGUUACUCGUUAUGGUCAUCGCCUUGCCACUUGUGUCAACAAUGCUUAUAGACUUCUCCGCGGAUGGAAUGAGUUCUUGAAUAAUCUUCAUGCUAUUGGUCAAGUUGCUGGAAACCAAGUACAAAAUUUGGGUGUUAAAGUUUUGUCAGAAACUGAAAUCUUUGAUGGACGUAAUCAAUUCCCAGUUAUGAUCAAUCGUGAACUUAGAAUUCUUCUUAAAGUUUUCUUAUCUUAUCGCGAUUUGUUCGAUGGAUUUUUGGAUGAAAUCUCAGAAGAUUAUCUUAACACAAUCAGAGAUUUGAUUGAAUGCGACCAAGUUUUAGAACGAGAAUUUGAAGCUGAAAUUGAAGUUGAAUUGAAUCGUGCUCAAAAUUGUGCGGCCCUUGACAACACAGCUGAGCAGAAAGCCGUUCCUUUGUAAACUUUAAAUUUCCAUCAAUUUUGCGCCAAGAAAAUUUGUGAAUGAAUUUUCUCAACCUCAUUGGCAAUAAAAUAAUAUUUUAUUAAAAAAAAUA